AUGGGUGGAAAUACAAUUGAUGAGCUACUUAAUCAGCGUGCUGAUAGUGAUAUUAUUAAUCAACAGGAUUCAACAAAUCUAAAUGCAAGUCCUUCUGAAUUAGUAACUCAACAAACAACGGAAGACGAUAGUGAUCUGGAAGCUGAUGCAAAUACUUUACCAAACUUAAAUGAAUUUAUUCCCAAUGACAUACUUCAAGUUUUAUAUCAAACACGAGAAUGGAAAUUUCAAACAACAAUCAAUGAAUUAAUACAUACUCAACGAACGCAUUUAAAAAGUUUGAAAAUCAUGGUAAAAUGUUUUCGUGAACCAAUGGAAAAUUUUCAUGGUAUGAGUCCAGUUGAGCUUGAUUGUAUAUUUCGAAAUCUUGAUCAACUUAUUAAUUUACAUACUGACUUUAAAAAUGCACUUCUUCAACAUCGUGAAGAAGCUAAAGAUCAUGUUGUUCGAAAUAUUGGUGAUUUAAUUCUUAAAUUUGUACGAGAUUUUCGUGAUGAAUUUGCUCAUGCUUGUGCAUAUUUUAUUGAAGACCAAGCACAAGCAUUAAAAUUAAUUAAGAAAAAAGAACAGUCACCUGAUUUUGCACAACUAAUGCGAGCUUGUGAAGCUAAACCAUUAUGUCGUCGUUUAACAUUAAAAGAUUAUUUACCAUCUGUCAUGACACGUUUUACAAAAUAUAAAUUGUUAUUUGAAGCUAUGAAAAAAUUUGCCUCAGAAGAUCCAGUUGAAUCAGAAAAAUUAAGUCGAUGUGCUGAAUGUGCUGAUAAUAUCUUAAAAUGCAUGAAUGAAGCACAUUUAAAGAAAGAACAAGAAGCAUUAUUAAAACAAAUUAAAUCAAAUCUCGACGUACAAAUACCCAAUGAUGAUAAAUUACAAAAUCUUCAAGAUUGUCUUGGAGCAUCAGACAAUCGUUUACUUUAUUCUGGUACAUUAAAAUUAUUACCUGAUUUGACAACACAAAAAACUGAAUUUGAAUGUUGUCUUUUUACUGACAUAUUUGUGUUUUUUCAAAAAAUACCAAUACAAACAUUUGAACAACGUGGAAUUGAAGAAUCAUAUAAAUAUGUUCUAAAAGAACAUCAACGCGAUGCUGCUAUGGGACGUCAUCAAAGAUCACGUACACUGGCAAAUCCUAGUAGAUAUCCAACUGGACAAAAUUUUAUUUUAACACCAAUUAUUCGACUUGAACAUUUAUUAAUUAAAAAGAAAGCAUGCGGAGGUAAUUAA